CAUCCCUACUCAAAACUUUUUCUUUUCUAUCUUCCAUCUUCCUAAGCUUCAACAGAGCGAUAUGGACACUGAAUAUUCAUAUAACCGGUCCAAUAUGCUUGAAUUAAGUUGAGGAGUACUACUUUGCUAUGUUUCAAUUUAUGUAAUUUUUUUCCUUAGUCCGUUUUAACAAGAAUGAUUUCUUUCUGAAUUUGAAAACAGUCUAAGUUAAACUUCUCAAUUUACUCUUAAUAAUAAACGAUACCCAUACAAAUAUUAUAACGUGUAAAAUCACACAAGUCUCAAAAGUCUUAUACCACACAAAUGUAAUGGCAUAUUUAAGACCACAGUUCCAAAAGUCUUUAUCUCUUUCUUAAACUCUAUACUCACCCAAAUAGGUUCAUAAAUUAGAACAAAUGGAGUAAUAGUUAUUAUUUCCAUUGUUCUCCUGAAAAAAACACAGAGUAAAAUAAAAAGGGAGCGAAAAUAGUGAAAAGGCUACAUUUUCUUAACUUGUACUUGGUACUUUUCUAGACUUUAAUUUACAAGUUUCGCAUUCACGGCAAGGUUUAUAAAAUGAACAAGAAUAUCGGUUUCUUGUAAAGUGAACUAAGUAGAUCUUGUAAAACUUUCAAUAAAAGUUUGGGUUCUUAAAAUACAGGUGGGUGUUUAGUGUUAAUUAGUUUAGAAGUGAACUAAUUAGUAGGUCAUGCAUUUUUUGUUUAUUUUUUACCUUUGUUCUUUAAUUUACAUGUUGUGAAUUUGUGAUGCUAUUUAUAUUUGAUUCGAUCCCUUAUAAUAAAUUGUUACUUAAAAGGCUUCAAUAUAUAUAGAUCCUUUGAUACACAAAACUAAAUAUUUGCGACUUGUUUCUUGGAGAAUAUCAUAAUUAUUACAUUAGACAAGAUAUAUGAUUGUAUUUUUUCUGUUUGGUUAUUUAUAGUUAGACAAGUCUUCUAUCCUUGGAGAUACUAUACAGUACAUGAAAGAACUUCAAGAACAGGUAAAACUACUUGAAGAGACAAAGAAAAACACCUGCGAAAAUAAUGAUUCCUCUACCUCCAAGGACCAAGUUGAAGGAUCAAAGAUUAAGGCAAGGAUUUUGGACAAAAGUGUACUUAUUAACAUCCAUUGCAGCAAACAAGAUGGAAUGGUGGGAAAAGUGUUAUUCCAAAUGGAGCAAUUGCAUCUUUCAGUCCAUGACAUUAGGAUCAUGCCUUUUGGUCAGACCAACCUUGAAAUAUCAAUUCUUGCUGAGAUGGAAAAUGGAUGUUGCAUAACUGUGGAGGAUAUUGUAAAGGACCUCCAAAUCAACCUUCUGGAGCAAGUUUAGCAUGAAUGAUCUCUCCUCCUGAUCUUCUCUAGGUUACCUUUUCCCUUGUUGCCCUAGACCUCGUAAAUAAUAAAAAGAUACGUUUUUAAUUACCUAUGUGUAUAAUUAAUUGAGAGCUCUUUUCGAGAUUGUGUGA